AGAAGAAGCAUUAUAGAAAACUGCCACUCAAAUAAAUUUUUAAAUUAUUUAAUUUAAAUGAUAUAGCUAUGUUUAAUCCCUUUCCUACGCCACACAUUGAAGAUGAUCACUUCGCAAAUAUCAAUUAUAGCAAAAAUGUCGAAUGUAUUUUACCAACUGCCGAGCUUCUGGUUAAUUUUCGUUCAAAUGGUUUAAAAGCGCAGAAAGCUUGUUUUGUUUACGCCGAAAAAUUAGAUUUCAAAGGAUUAAUUCAAUUAAGAUUAACUGAAAAAUGUGAUCAACGCAAAAUGUAUAUAACCACUGUGGAUAGUACAUCCUUCCAGGAAUUAAAACAAGAUCAGUCACUGCAUGUAACAUUUGCCGGCUUCAUAGAAAAUUUGGUUCACAUUUUACAGGACUGCCAGGCCGGAAAAUUGAAAAUAUGCCUGUUACAAUUACAACAGCAGGAAGCGAGAGAUAUUCGUUUAAGUGACUCUGUAUUGAGUAGGGGCCAGUUGAAUUGCAAUUACCAAUUGCAAUUUAUUGAGAUGAGGCCAUUUAAAAAUUUAAUACAUUUAUGCUUGCCCUGCCGUAUGGCCCCCUUAAAUGUUGUAUUAUUUUAUAUGAAUAAUAUAUUGGAUAUUUUGCAGAAAAAAUGCUUAAAUCACGAACAAACUACACAACAGUUGCAACAUGAAAUACACAAUCAUAUACGGCGUAUUGAUCAGCUUGAUGCGGAGUGUACGAAACUAAGAGAAAAUCUAAUGGAAACCAGCAGGAAUCUAAAUCAAAAACAUGCUGAAGAACUGAUACAGUUGCAAGAAAGCUUACGCAAGGCAGCUGAACAAAGACAGCUGGAUAGUGAACGAAAUCGUAAGACAAUGAAUGCACUGCAGCAACAAAUAGAUAAAUUGGUUUCCGAGAAAAGUGCAAUACAAAGUGACAAAGUACAAGAACUUAAACGCAAUGAAACAUUAAAUGAAGAGUUGGCUGCCUCAAAGGCAAGAAUAUCAAAUCUAAAGGAACAAAGUGAAAAGUUGCACUUGGAAAUGUCAGUGCUAAAAAAUCUAGAACGUAAACAUGAUAUGCAUUUGCAAGAUUCGCGGAAAGAGAUCUCGGAGUUAAAAGAAAAACUUAAAAAGUAUGAAAAAAAUAAAGCCGACUUGGUCGCGGAAUUAGAGGCAGAAAAGAAAAUAAGCCAGACAAAACGGCAGGCCUUGGAAAUGGCUACCGAAGAAAUUUCCAAGGCAAAUCAAAUAAUAAUGAAACAAAACCAAGAACUGAAUAAAUUGAAAAAAACUAUAGGCUGGCGUACUGAAGUUGCUUUGCAACAAGAACAGGCCAUUAAACAAAAAGAUAUGGCUUUAAAAGAACGCGAAGAGGAAUUGGUUUUUCUUAAGGCAACAGUGGAGUCCUUAAGGAGCGAAAUACCACGAGAGCUGGACUCUAUGAGGAAAUUUGCCAAUUCAUUGGAAACUAAAUACACAGAGCAAAUAAAUUCACUUAAAUUAAAAUUGCAGCCUUUGGACAAGGAAAAUAUUCGGCCUUCUAAAGAUGUGUGCAGAUCAACAAGACGUUAAAUCUAUAAAAUAAUUUGUUUAGCUUUCAUUUAUUUAUUUAACAAAUAAUUAUA